CUAAUUCACAUAAAAGAAGAUACGUCUCCGCACAGAAACAUUUAAAUCAAGAAUAGUUUGGAGUUUCAAAAGAUUUGCACUUGACUACAAGGAAAUAUAUUUACAAAAGAAAUCGUUUUUUUUCAAUUUUAAUAUUUCUAUCUAAUUGUUAAAAUGAGUAACUUUAAUGUUCCCGUUGGUCGUCAACAACGCUCAACUCUUUCCCUCGGUGGUGAGAUGACUAAUCGGGAUAAGAUGGAAGCCAAUAAAUACAAAAUGAGUGGACUGAUGAGUUUACAUCGGAAGAAACAACGCAAACCUGACUCGGCUAAACCAAGACCACAGUCGACUCCAUCUGCCAAUAGAUAUUCCAGUAACGGCCAGGAAUAUGAUCCACCGGCGAGUGCUCCACCAGGAAUUCGUCCACGGUGUGAUCGUUUCUAUGAAAUUGAACAUGAUGUACCAGGCAGGAAGAACAUGCUAGACACUCAUCUACCAGUAAAGAAGAAUAAACAAUUCCCACCAGACGAGGAGGAACUGAGUGUACGAGACUACGAACUAGCACCUGGUAUGACAAUGUCGAAAAGUAAAAGUCGUGUUGCCGUGACAAUCAAUACUGGGUUCGUUGACUCUCCAUCAAGGCGAUCACUGAGCGCCAAGUCAACUGCUGAUCCAGAAAGGGAUGCACUUAUUGCACAUCUACAGCAGCAAAUAGCAGAUCUUAGUUUAUUCUUGGAAGAGGAGAGACUUAAUCACAGAGCAACUAGAGACAGGGCUGAAAUGGUAUUGAGAGAAAAAGUUGAAGAGAUGGAAGAAAGGCAUCAACAAGAGCUGCAGGAUUUACAGGAUGAACUAGAAGAACAAAUAGAAGAAUUAAAAUCAUUACAUCAAAAACAAUUAGAACAGGAAAGAACAGCAGCCCAAGCUGCUCAAGCUCGUUUGAAAGGAGAGAUUGAGUUUUUACAAGGGGCUUUUGAAGCAUAUAAAAGUAACGUUGCUGCUGACUUGGACGAAAAAUGGUCUAAAAAAGAAAGUGAUAUGCAAAUGAAAUUUCGAGAAGAAUUGGAAGAAGCAUUGCAAGAGCAGAGGCAACGAAUGAUGGAAGAGAGGCAGAAAGAAAAGAAAGCUAUGAGUCGUGAAUUUCAAAGACAAUUAGCCGUAGUAACUCAGGAUCAUAAACGAGAAAUGGAUAUAUUACACAGAAAGUUUUCUACUGCGGCAGUUGAUAUGGAAAACAUGAAAAAAGCACUCGAUCAGUUAUCCAAUGUGCAGGAACUAUUGAAUAAGAAAACUGAACAGUUGGACACAGCGAAUGCAGAAUUAAAAAAGACAAAACUUGAACUCCAGGACACUAGAAUUCGUCUUGUCGGCUUUGAAGAACAUUUUCUUGACAAAGUACAAGAAGUUGAUGAUAAAUACAAACAAAGAAUGCACGGUCUAAUGACAGAAAAUACCGAUCUCAGGAGGCGAUAUAUGCUGAAAUGUGAUGAAUUAUUUAGUGAGAAAUCAAACCAUGAAAUUGAUAGAGUUGAGAAACUGAGCAAUGCUAAGGAAACAAUGCAGAUGCUUAUACAUGUACGUAACAGGACAAAUGUCAGUAUGGCAUGCUCUGAUGCAGCACUAGACGAUAAACCCAAAGUACCAAAAAUGAGGCCAUCAAGUGCUCCUGUGACUCAAAGGGAAGAAAAGAAUGCCAAACUGAGUGCUGGAGAAACGGACCAUAUAACGUGGCCGAAACAAAGUUAUGACAAACACCAUGAUAAACUGUUGCCUGGGAGACCGUUAUCUCGACCACAUACGUCCCACAGUUACCAUACACCACCCCCAAAAGCAGAAACAAGAAAAGCAAUAUCUCUUCUUGAUUCAUUUGGGUACGGAUCCAUGCAGUCAAUGCAAGAGUAGCCCUAUUGGUCAC